CCCACUUUCCAGAAUCUUUAAGAGUCAAAAUGACUACCGUCCCGGCUCUCAAUGCCUACCGACACCUGAUGCGCGCGGCGCGUAUUGCUUUCCAAGGGGACGCUCCUAUCCUGUCUGCAGCUCAGCUCCAGAUCCGUAACGAGUUCCGUCAAAAGGCUACGAUCGAUGCGUCUGAUGCUCCUGCAGCGAUCAAGCACGCCGAAGAAGUUGCAAAGGUUCUCCGCCAGAAUGUCGUUCAGGGCCGAAGAAUAGAGGAUGGCAAAGAUUCUUACAAGCUGCGAAUACACGAAGACAUUGAGCGAGGCGACAACGAAUCUAUUAAGACGGCUGGCAAAGGAUCAAUGGGGGGAGGUUGCUGCGGUGGUGGUAAACAAUAAGAGGAAACUCUUAGUCUCAUUGUACAAUUUGUAACAUUACUGUAAUGAUACCCUGAGGAAUAAGUGAACCAAAAUAAUGACCAGUCUUAUAUUUUUCCUCCCAUCUAUCCCUACGUCGAGCAUUUCCCAACCGCCAUGAUCAAUUAUCCUUUUCGCUAAAGACCGCCUUACCAUGAUGCCCUUUUCCGGACGCCAAACUCCAAAAGCAUGACAGACUAUCUACCUUCUGAUCAACAUAAAAAAAAGUCAUGACAUCGUCUAGUCUCCGGAAAGAGCAGCGUAGGCAGGGGUAUCAGAAGCUCCAGGAGGUGCUGCCACAGGGGCAGGGAGAGCCGCAGGCCGGUUAGUAGACUCGCCAGUGCCCUCCGCUGCUCGUGAGCCUUGACCUUGAGAACCUCCCUGGCGCUGUCUGGCGUCACGCAGCAUCUGACUUCUUUGGUCUUUAUCCAUAGUACCAAUUGCCUUCGGUUGUCCCCAUCGAACCCGCAGCGGACAUCCAGCAAUCACAGCUCGACCCUGACAUGCCUCCGCGGCUUUCUCGGCCGCCUCUCGAGUUUCGUAGUUGACAAAGGCACAAUGUGACAUGUGUGAGCAGACUAAGCUCUUGAUCUUGCCGUGUGCCUUGAAGAAAUCCCUAAGCUUGUACUCGGGUAGGUCGUCCUCGAUACCAGUCACAAAAAGCGACAUAAUACUCUUGUCGGCGGGAGGUUGCCAGUCGCGUGGACUCGGAGGCAACUGGGCAGCACUUGGGAACACCUGGCGACCCUUACCACCGGGUUUAGCUCCCGCUGCUGCGGCAGCCUUGGAAUCUCGCGUUCGAAUAGGGCCAGGUCCGCCGAGGCCAGCGCCAACAGCUGCGCUUCCGCUCUUAGAGCUUUCACCCUCCUCAAUAGUCCU